GUCUCUUGUCUCCAGGAUUUGUCAGACAGAACCACAGUUCGUUUCCAGCCUUCUCGGUCAUAUCGCACUUCAGCGGAUCAUGAAUCUCUCAAUCACUAUGAUCCUCCGUAUAACUCCGAAGCAUUCGCCCUUAUCCCGCUAUUAUUUUCUGAUCUUAUCUGAUGCGGCACGACUGCAUUCACAAAUCUACCAUCGCCACCGCAACAUCUCCCAUCACCAACCUCCUACUACUCGAAGCUCCUUCAUCUACUCCACCGGAAGUUCAUCAAACCCCUUCACAUUCGGUCACAGUCAGCUGGUCUGACGUUACAGGUCCCAUGUCCGGCCCAGCUUCGACCGUCAUGCGCCAUACCUCGCGCUUCUGCGCAAGGCGGCCAUCAAUUCCUACUUCUUGCUCAUCUUUGUAUUCACGACCAGCUCUUGUUCGAGUAUACCAGCACCGACACUAUGUCUCCGAGUCAAAGCCCACGCAAGCCAAAGUCACGGACGUUGAGGCCGCAAUCAAAUCAGACCAGAAAAAGUACAUCUCCGAGACUGGAAAUCUCCCUUCCCAGGCCCAGGUGCCUGGAACAGGCUUGUCUGGGGAAGCUGUGAUGAGUCCUCAGGCUGGGAUCUUGAAGCAGGCCACCAUCAUGGACCAAGGCACAAGACCAAUCUACCUGGAUGCUCAGGCCACCACACCAGUCGAUCCUAGAGUUCUUGAUGCGAUGCUCCCCUUCCUGACAGGGUUAUACGGUAACCCACAUUCGAGAACACAUGCCUACGGCUGGGAGAGUGAACAGGCUUCAGAAAAAGCUAGGGAGCAUGUCGCUAAGUUGAUUGGUGCCGACUCAAAAGAGAUCAUUUUCACGAGUGGUGCAACAGAGAGCAAUAAUAUGAGCAUCAAGGGAGUGGCAAGAUUUUUCGGCCGGUCUGGCAAGAAGAAACACAUCAUCACAUCACAGACCGAGCACAAGUGUGUACUAGAUAGCUGUCGCCAUUUGCAAGACGAAGGGUUCGAGGUCACAUAUCUCCCCGUCGGCAACAAUGGUCUCAUUGAUUUACAGCAACUCGAGGCCGCCAUCAAACCGGAGACGGCUUUGGUCAGCAUUAUGACCGUCAAUAACGAGAUCGGGGUCAUUCAACCCAUGAAGGAGAUUGGACAACUCUGUCGGAAGAACAAGGUCUACUUUCACACCGAUGCUGCUCAAGCUGUGGGCAAAAUCCCCAUCGCUGUCAAUGAAUGGAACGUCGACCUCAUGUCCAUCUCAAGUCACAAGAUUUAUGGCCCAAAGGGCGUCGGUGCUUGUUAUGUCAGACGACGACCCCGUGUCAGAUUGGAUCCCAUCAUCAGCGGAGGCGGUCAGGAGAGAGGUCUCCGAAGUGGUACACUCGCUCCUCACCUCGUCGUUGGAUUUGGUGAGGCGUGUCGUAUUGCCAAAGAAGAAAUGGAGUAUGAUUCGAAGCGGAUCAAGUUCCUUUCCGACCGCCUCCUGAAAGGCCUCCUGGCUUUGGAGCACACGUCUCAGAAUGGUGAUCCAGACAGACGCUACCCCGGAUGUGUUAAUGUGUCCUUUGCUUAUGUUGAAGGAGAAUCUCUUUUGAUGGCAUUGAAAGAUAUCGCACUCUCGUCAGGAAGUGCUUGCACGUCGGCGUCCCUCGAACCCAGCUACGUCCUCCGCGCAUUGGGUAACAGCGAUGAGAGUGCCCACAGCAGUAUUCGAUUUGGCAUUGGUCGAUUCACGACCACCAGUGAAAUCGACUAUGUCCUGAAGGCUGUGAAAGAACGAGUCACCUUUUUGAGAGAACUCAGUCCUCUGUGGGAGCUGGUGCAAGAAGGUAUUGACUUGAACACGAUUGAGUGGAGUCAGCAUUGAGACAAGCUCGGCUGCUUGCGUCUGUGGAAAUUUGUACAUCUAUAGCUGAGAACCAUGUGGUUAAAACGGUUCCCGAAAAGCAAGCAGUGCCGCAGGCCUGGCUGUUCUUUGCGUGCGGCACUUGGAUCUCAGGCCACGGGGGAAUACUUUUAAUGUCAACGUUUUACGUGGACGCAUCGUUUCAGUAUCUACCUAGGUAGUCAACAAGAGCAAUCUACUCUCGAUAGCCAUACCCUCGAAUCAUAUUCUUGAUCCCCCG